GCUAGCUGCAAACGUCCCCGCAAGGACAGAAACCGUCGCUUGGGGCCAUCGCGCGUCCCUUGUCCUACGCAUGGGCAUCAUGGCUCCCCGAUUGCCGACGCAGCCACAUCUGCAGGAUGAGGUUCUUCUCGAAAGCUUACAGAACCCAGAGGAAUUCUGGGCGCGCCAAGCGGAGUACCUCCAUUGGCACAAGAAGCCAGACACCACACUCCGAAUGGCCGAGCAGACACUUCCAGACGGUACCGUUCACCCGACGUGGGAGUGGUUCUCCGGCGGCGAGAUAUCGACCUGCUAUAACUGUGUCGACUGUCAUGUAGUGGCCGGCAACGGGGACAAGGUGGCCAUAUACUAUGACAGUCCGGUGACCAAUACGAAGGAAAGAUAUACGUACAAACAACUUCUUGAUGAGGUUGAGACCUUAGCCGGAGCGCUUAGGGAAGAAGGCGUCAAGAAGGGAGACGUGGUAAUGCUGUAUAUGCCGAUGAUCCCCGCGGCGUUAAUUGGAAUCCUCGCAGUUAACCGUCUUGGAGCCAUCCAUUCAGUUGUUUUUGGCGGCUUUGCACCGAAUGCGCUAGCUCAGCGCAUUGACGCCUGUCAGCCAGUUGCUCUCCUCACGGCCUCCUGUGGCAUUGUUGGGAAUAGGCCUCCCAUCGCCUAUCAACCACUGGUCGAGGAGGCGAUCGAUCUGUCUUCGCACAAGCCCGAGAGCACUGUGAUCUGGCAACGAAAGCAAUUGCGCUGGGAGAUUAAGAGCUGGUGGAGCGUCCAGUGGGGAUGGCUGCAAAGUAUAAUCUUUGGAGGCAAGACGACUUGCGCAAACCAAGUGUCCUGGCAAGAGUAUGUUAGUAGCGCAAAGGCGCGAGGGAUCAAAGCCGAUUGCGUAGCGGUCAAGAGCGAGGAUCCCGUGUAUAUUAUGCAUACCUCCGGGACAACAGGCGCCCCCAAGGGAGUGCGUCGCGACACCGGUGGACACGCUGUGGGCUUACACUUAUCCAUCAGCUACAUUUUUAAUAUCCAUGGCCCCAACGACGUGUCCUUCACGGCGUCAGAUAUCGGCUGGGUCGUCGGCCACUCCUACAUCCUCUACGCACCGUUGCUCGCGGGCGCUUCCACAGUGCUAUACGAAGGCAAGCCGGUGGGGACUCCUGACGCGUCUGCCUUUUGGCGAGUCGUCGAGGAGUACAAGGUCAAUACCAUGUUUACGGCGCCGACGGCCCUUCGAGCCAUCAAAAAUGACGAUCCGAAUAACGAAUCGCUCUCGAAGAUUGGUGAGCGCGGAGGGCUACGAUCCCUCAAAGCACUCUUCCUGGCGGGCGAGCGUUCAGAACCUACCCUGAUCUCUAUGUACCAGAAUCUUCUGACUCAAUAUGGCGCACCAUCCUGUCACGUUAUCGACAACUGGUGGUCCACAGAGGCCGGUUCGCCCAUCACGGGGCGAGCACUCACGCCGCAUGCGGGGCAGGACCGCAAGACGAGCCUACGGGACUAUCCACCACCGCCCGUGAAACCUGGAAGUGCUGGGAAGUCGAUGCCAGGGUUUGAUGUGCGCGUCGUGGACGACAAGGGUAAUGAAGUAGAGCCCGGGUCUAUGGGGAAUAUUGUCUUGGGAUUGCCGCUGGCGCCGACCGCGUUCCGCACGCUGUGGGGCGACGAGGAAAGAUUCUACAAAAGCUAUCUGAAGCGAUUUGAUGGAAAAUUUCUCGAUACCGGAGACUCAGGGUGGAUUGAUGAAGAGGGCUAUGUGCAUGUCAUGAGUAGAAACGACGACGUGCUCAACGUCAGUGCCUAUCGACUGUCCAGCGGAGCCAUCGAGCAAGCCAUCUCUUCUCAUCCACUGGUGGCGGAAGCCUGCAUCGUCGGCAUUCCCGACGAGCUCAAGGGCCAACUGCCGUUCGCAUUCAUCACUCUCACUCAAUCUGACCACCCCGAGUCUGUUGUACCUAAUAGCAAGAUUGCUCUCGAGAUCCAGUCGCUCGUGCGCAAGCAAGUGGGCGCCUUUGCAUCGAUCGGGGGCAUGAUCCAAGGAAAGGGCAUGAUUCCCAAAACAAGAUCGGGGAAGACGCUGCGACGGGUGCUCCGAGAAUUGGUCGACAAUGGUGUCCAUGGAGAGUUUGCAAAAGAGGUUGCAGUUCCCAGCACCGUCGAGGAUGUGGUCGUGGUCGAGGUCGCUCGAGCCAAGGUGAAGGAGUAUUUUGAAACGAGUGUUGGGAAGCACAGGGCCAUCGAAGCCCGAGAGAAGUCAUAAAGCAUAUUGCCAAAUCCAACAGGGUGUGUAGUUAUUCAUAAGACAGGUAUAUACUACGCCGUAUAGGGCUAAUUAAGACCAGAGGUGCGUCAUGGCAUUAGAAGACCUUUGGUAAGCCAGUGUGUGACAUCGAUGGGCCCUGAGCUUAUAACAGAAGGUUACAUGAUAGACUCCGAUUAGCGAAUGUAAA